GCAGCAGGCGGUCGCGCCGGCACUAGCGCACCACAGUCCCUCAGCAGAUGCUCCAGGAUUGGUUUUUGCUUUCUCCACCACUUCAUACCUCCCUACGCUGUCCUUCGGCUAACGGAGUUAAAAGGUUCCCUUUUCUACCAUCACAGGAAACCCCCUUCUCCAAUCUGAUGGCAUCGCUCAUCCAGGACAGUCUGCGCUUCUGCAGUCUGUAAACAAUCGGAGGCAAAUUUGUGAGCUCAGCGUGUUGAAGUGGGCAUUGUAGCAGUCAUGGUGUGACUGGGGACAACAUAGACAGCAUCACCAAUCCCCCAGUAGCAAAUUUGUAUCCCACCACUCCCACCAAACCCGUGAGUUUUGCUUUUAAAGGAGAAGAGAUAGACAGGCCAUUGUGGAGUGUGGUGGUUCGGUAGCAACAAGGGCCAGCAUGUCUCAGUCCAAGCGACACACAUACAGCCGGACGACCAGUAGUGGCAGCAGUAGGAUGAGCUCAGACGGGGGUGGCAAGCCAGUCAAGGUGGGAUCUCUGGUGGAGGUGAUUGGCAAGGGCCACCGUGGUACAGUGGCCUACAUUGGCGCUACACUCUUCGCCACGGGCAAGUGGGUAGGUGUCAUCUUGGAUGAGGCCAAGGGCAAGAAUGAUGGCACGGUACAGGGCAAACGCUAUUUCACCUGUGAAGAGAAUCAUGGCAUCUUCGUACGCCAGUCUCAGAUUCAGUUGGUUGAUGAUGGAGCAGACACCACGUCCCCUGAGACUCCAGAGCCAGCUGCCUCCAAGGUGCCCAAGCGAGAGAUUCUGGACACUCCAAAAUCAAGCAAGCUGCGAGGAGUGAAGCCUAAAAAGACACCCGCACCCAGGAAGACCACCACCAGGCGCACCAAGCCUGGACGGCCUGCUGGUGCCACAACCUCCAAGGCAGGCCCAUCAGGGUCAGCCUCUGCCUCUGCAGGGGAGAUGAGCAGCAGCGAACCCAGCACUCCUGCCCAAACCCCGCUGGCAGCACCCAUCAUCCCUACACCAAGCGGAAACCUUGUGUCACCGGGAGACCCGCCCCAACCCACCCCAAGCAAGGAAGAAGAGAUGUUGCGGGCCCAAGUGAAGGACCUGGAGGAAAAGUUGGAGACGCUGCGCAUGAAGCGCAAUGAGGAUAAGGCCAAACUUAAGGAGCUAGAAAAACAUAAGAUCCAGCUGGAACAGCUGCAAGAGUGGAAAAGCAAGAUGCAGGAGCAGCAAGCUGAGCUACAGAAGCAGCUGAAAGAAGCCAAAAAGGAGGCCAAGGAAGCUUUGGAGGCUAAGGAUCGUUACAUGGAAGAGAUGGCAGAUACAGCAGAUGCCAUCGAGAUGGCCACACUGGACAAGGAGAUGGCAGAGGAGCGGGCAGAGUCCCUGCAGCAGGAGGUGGACUCCCUCAAGGAGAAGGUGGAAGAGCUGACUAUGGACUUGGAGAUCCUCAAGCAUGAAAUUGAAGAAAAAGGUUCAGAUGGCGCAGCUUCCAGCUACCACGUGAAACAGCUGGAGGAGCAGAAUGCCAGGCUGAAAGAAGCUUUGGUCAGAAUGCGGGACCUAUCAGCCUCAGAGAAGCAGGAGCAUGUGAAGCUGCAAAAGCAGAUGGAGAAGAAGAACACCGAGCUGGAGACACUACGGCAGCAAAGGGAGAAGCUCCUAGAGGAAAUGAAGCAGGCUGAGAAGACCAUUGAUGAACUCAAAGAGCAGGUGGAUGCUGCAUUGGGCGCCGAGGAGAUGGUGGAGACUCUGACUGAGAGGAACUUGGACUUAGAGGAGAAAGUACGGGAGCUACGGGAGACAGUCAGUGACCUGGAAGCCAUCAAUGAGAUGAAUGACGAGCUGCAGGAAAAUGCCCGAGAGACAGAGUUGGAGCUGCGUGAGCAGCUAGACCUUGGUGCAGCCCAGGUGCGCGAGGCAGAGAAGAGGGUGGAGGCAGCCCAGGAGACGGUAGCUGACUACCAACAGACCAUUCAGAAGUACCGUGAGCUCACCGCACACUUGCAGGAGGUCAACAGGGAUCUGAUGAGCCAGCAGGAGGCCUCCGUGGAGCAGCAGCAGCAGCCUCCAGCUGAGAUGUUUGACUUCAAGAUCAAAUUUGCAGAAACUAAGGCUUAUGCCAAGGCCAUUGAGAUGGAGCUGAGGAAGGUGGAGGUGAACCAGGCCAACAGACAUUUGUCUCUUCUUACCUCCUUCAUGCCAGAUUCCUUUUUACACCAUGGUGGAGACCAUGACUGCAUCCUGGUGCUGUUGCUCAUCCCUCGGCUUAUCUGCAAGGCGGAGCUUAUCAGCAAGCAGGCACAAGAGAAAUUUGAGCUAAAUGAGAGCUGCGUGAAGCGUGCUGGUCUGCGUGGGGCCGUGGGGGAACAGCUGAGCUUCGCUGCUGGCCUGAUCUACUCUCUCAGCCUGCUGCAGGCCACGCUGCACAAAUACGAGCAAGCCCUGAACGAGUGCAGUGUGGAGGUGUAUAAGAAGGUUGGCACACUGUACACAGAGAUGAGCGUGCAUGAGCGCUCUUUAGAUUUCCUCAUCGACUUACUGCACAAAGACCAGCUGGAUGAAACUGUGAACGUGGAACUCCUCACCAAGGCAAUCAAGUAUUAUCAGCACCUGUACAGCAUCCACCUGGCAGAUCAAGCAGAAGACUGCACCAUGCAAUUGGCUGACCACAUCAGGUUUACCCAGAGUGCUUUGGACUGCAUGGCAGUGGAGGUGGGCCGGCUUCGUUCAUUCUUACACGCUGGCCAGGAGGGCACAGACCUCGCUGUUCUACUGAAGGACUUGGAAACCUCCUGCAGUGACAUCCGACAGUUCUGCAAGAAGAUUCGGCGUAGGAUGCCGGGCACUGAUGCACCAGGCAUCCCAGCGGCCCUCACAUUUGGACAGCAGGUAUCCGACACGCUGAUGGAUUGCCGGAAGCACCUGACCUGGGUGGUGGCUGUGCUGCAAGAGGUGGCAGCUACAGGAGCCCAGAUGAUCGCCCCAAUGAGCGAACAGGAGGGCCUGUCUGCGCUCAAGUUGGAGGACUUGGCCUUUAAGGCUGGAGAGCAGAUCUACGGCUCCCAGGGCAUUAACCCACACGAGUGCUUGCGGCAGUCCUGUAGUGUGGUCAUUACCACCAUGAACAAGAUGGCCACCGCCAUGCAGGAGGGCGAAUACGAUGCCGAAAAGCCUCAGGCCAGGGCACCCCCACCUGUGGAGCUGAGGGCGGCUGCACUAAGGGCUGAGAUAACAGAUGCUGAGGGCCUAGGCCUCAAGCUGGAGGACAGGGAGACAGUCAUUAAGGAACUCAAGAAGUCCCUCAAGAUCAAGGGCGAGGAACUGAGUGAGGCUCAUGUGCGGCUCAGUUUGCUAGAGAAGAAACUAGACAGCUCCUCCAAGGAUGCAGAUGAGCGUGUGGAGAAGAUCCAAACCAAACUGGAUGAGACCCAGACCCUGCUCAAGAAAAAGGAGAAGGAGUUUGAAGAGACCAUGGAUGCCCUGCAGGCUGACAUUGAUCAGCUGGAAGCAGAGAAAGCAGAGUUGAAGCACAUACUCAACAAUCAGUCCAAGAUAACCAUCGAGGGGCUGAGGGGACCUGCAGCAUCUGGCAUUGCCUCCAUAGUCACAGGUGUGGCAGGAGAUGAGCAGAAAGGUAGCACUUUGCCUUGUAUGAGUGGAGGCUCGGGACCCCUCCAGGUGGUGGACUCCCCUCUCCUCCUGCAACAGAUUGAAGCACAGCACCUCAGCAUCAAGCACUUAAAGAAAGAGAACAACCGUCUUAAGGCCGAGAAGAUGAGUGCCCAGAUGGCAUCCCUGCCCCCAUUAAAUGUGUCCAAACUUCCUGCCAAGGAUGGCUCUCGCCCCGAGGUGCUCUCUAGUGCCCUGUACCGCAAGACAGACCAGCUGCUGGAGACUCUGCUUCAAAUGAGUACCAACGUAAAGGUAGUGGACAUCACCGGGAAGUCACCAGUGAGCCCCAGUGCCCAGCUGCUGGAACAGACUGCUCGACUACAGUCACUAAGCGAGACUUUGGAGAGGCUGAAGGAUGAAGUUGCAGAGCAUGUUGUAUCCCAGAGACCUGGAGCCCGUGUUCCUUCUGCCUUUGCAACUUUUCCCUCUACCUCAUUCGUCAAGGCAAAAGAGGAAAGGAAGGGAGACACAGUGUUGGUGGGGAAAGUGAUGGUGCCUUGCUCUCGUGGCCAGGAGCAAGUCCAUCGUCUCGUCCUGUCACAGCCCCAGCUUCACAGAAUUCACCGCCUCCUGCUGGCCUAGGCCCCUUCUGUCUGUCUAUGUGAGUGAGAGAUGAUUCUCCUUAGAAAUACUCUGCAGCUGCCAAUUUUCAUCACAGAUUUGCAGACUUCUGAAACAUCACUGAGAUGACAUGAAAGGUGGAAUCUAGGCAUGGAUUAUUAUCUUGGAAGAAGCGCUAAGAUUUUAUUUCGUUUCUCCCCUCAGGUUUAGUGUGGACUCUUAGAUUGUUGAGGGAAGCAACCCUGCCCUUCUUCCACAGUGUAACCAGUUAUUCUUUAUUAUUGCAUAUAGAGAACAUUAAAUUAAACCACAUUAUUGCAAACAAAAUAAUUACCAGUUUGAAAUGGUAUUGGUAUAUGGUAAUGCAAAUGUGUAAAUUCAGUGUUUAAAAUUCAAAGGCUACAUUAUACAAAUAAGUUAUUUUAAUUAUCAUAUCAAAGUAAUUUAGUCCUCCAUUCCUUAAUGUAACUUGAGUGCUUAAGAGGGAUAUGGAAAACAUGCCAUAUCUGUAGUUUUAGGGAGUGCGAUAUCUGCUGACAAAAGUCUCAAGUUCCUAUUUUGAAAACAGCUGACUGAAGGGAUUUUAUGAAAUUUGGAUGAAGUGUGUAAUGUACUUACAGUGUGUUUAUUGAAUGUAGAAUUAACAUGUAUUACUUAACAUGUAUUUAGUUAAAAAAUAUUUAUUGUAACCAGAAGUCAACACACAAACUUUGUUCUUCAUGUUUGCCAGUAUUUUGUCUGAGCUCUGUAUGCAGUUAGUUGAGGUUUAAGUGGCUGAUGUGGCCGCUUAAAUUUUAUAUUUAAUCUUUUACAUUUGCUGUCAAAAGUGUAAUGUACAAGAUGGAGAAGUACAGGUGAUUUUUGGAGGUAGGGGAUGCUUUUAAAACCUCAUCGACAGUGAACACUGUGCAGUACUGAUGACCACUACCACAAGUCUGUUCCCAAUACAGGAUUCUCUGGCAUAACAAGCAUAAUUUGUUCCUGAAGGUCUGGUUGUAAAAAGAAUUAUUUCUUACAAUUAAUUUAAAUAGGAAAUGCAAAUAAUACCUUAUUGAGCCACAAUAGGUUCACCCAUGUAAACAUGAUAAAUUUUUGCCUUCUCUUGGAGAGUAAGUCUAAUUCAAAAUCAAGUCCAGAAUAUCACAGCUGCUCUGGAUACCUUUAAAUUCUUGAAUGCACAGGGUCAGCAGCACAGCAAUGUAACACACACAUACAUUCACACACAAUUGGGCAAUGCAGUCACGAUGUCUUAAGAGUGUGGGGGACCCAGAGGAAACCCACAUUAUGUUAAGUGUAUGGUACAUAAUACUGACAAAACAGCUGAACAUGCACAGGUGAACAGCCAUACACUAUUACAGAGUAAUUAAUGAAGGGAAACUAUCCUGUCAUUUUGUGUUAUUAUAACUAAGGUUAACUGCUGAAGUAAUUGUGUCCAUUUUAAUGGAGUUUGGUGAUUCCUCCCCCCACACCACCAUAAAUGUGUCAUUUCUGGGGCUUAGGGAUACAUGAGAAGUACAAUUGAAACUAAUGGUAAUUACAUGGCUCUGCAAGUUAUGAGAAUUCACCUUACAGAGGGUUUUUCAGGAAUGCAUUACCUGUGGAAGGUGAGGGAAGACUGUACAGCUUAAUACCUUAAUUUAUUCAGGGGUGAGGUUUUGUUAAAACAUGAUGAAGCUGUAACAAACUAAAAAAAAUGCUGUAAGACUUUAUUCUGUUUUCAUCGACAGCUCAUACAAUGCAGGGUCUUAGUGUUAAUCUGUACUAGAAACUCAUACAUGGAACCCUGUUGACAGGACACUAGUCAGUUGUGGAACUCUUAUUAUCUUUUAUUAACUUAAAGCAGUACUGACUGUGCAUCUCAUUUUGGAGUGAGGGCAUAAUAAAAAAUGGCCACGACGAAGUACGUACCUCUAGUUUACAUUAUGUACUGGGUUUUUUCUGUCAAAGUCUUGGUUACAGUCCUGAAUUAAGUUUUUCUGCACGGCCGUGACGCUGCACCUCCCCCCCAAAUAAACAAAUAAACUGGGAAACAUCCAUGUCUUCAAAAAUUUGUAACUCAUGUUUGUAAUAUGAGGUACACUAAGUGUGCCAACCAAGCAUUCACAACCAGGCCACGCUGCCAGUUAACUGUGGACAGUAACUGUAGCCUACCAGCUAUGGUUGAAAUGGCAAAGGAGGUAGACCUCUUCAGCUCUGGUCAGCAGUCUGCCUAGGAGAGGGAAACUCCGACAUAAAACCUACGGCCUGAGAACCUCAUCAUCACCGUCCUAGCGUGCUAGACCAUGGCAGAUGAACCUUGGGCUUAAAGGAUGGGAUCCGUUCCCUGCACACUUCAUUCUAUCUAAAAGCUCCUUUGCGCAGGCUUUAGGAUACAUCCAUGGCAAAAAGUGAGAACCCUAUUCCCUCAGCACCAACCACAAACUAGUCCCUUCCAUGCAGCCGCUGUGGCAGACUCUACCUGUCUCGCAUUGGCCUCAUCAGCCACCAGCGUUGGCAGCAGCAGACAUGGAUCUUAUCCUUCCUAAUCUUUGUUCGUGAAGUCAAGCCAAGAAGAAGACGACUAAAUGUACCAUUUUCUUGUUAAUUAAUUUAGCUUAUGGUUUUCGCCAAAGCAAGUUAAAUAAGGCUACUUGCAAUUAUUUAGUUAUAUAUUCACCAAGGUCAUUUUUAGUAAAUCAGUUGAUACCCCAAAAGUAUAAAGGAUGUGAUUAAGGGUACUUCAGAUGGACAGGGGGAUCUUUGAGUGAUUACAGAAAUAAACUAUAAACAUGUAACUGUUAAAGCUCAAUUAUUUGAAUUAUUUUGACAUACCAGUUACAGGCAGAAGGGCUGGGAAUGUGUGAAAGUUGUGCUUUCACACAUUCCUGCUAUUUACAGAAGGUGGAUAGAUAGGUGGGGAGCAUCUAGGAAGUGGACUAUCUUUGGCAAGAACUUGUCUCCUUUUUGGGGGCGCGGUGGCGCAGUGGCGCAGUGGGUUGGAC